AUGCCGGACUGGAAAAGCCCUUCGGAGCUUACCCGGGACUCUCUAUUCUUGGCUAAGCUUCUCCACGGGUGUUUUGGCUGGGCAAUCUGGGAGUAUAUUUCCCAUCUUCGCUACGAGUGGGAUGUCUAUCGAGGCAAAACCCAGUACCGAUGGACGAUAUGGGUAUAUACAAGCUGCAGGGUAGCCAUGCUCAGCACUUUCGUAUUCGAUAGCAUUGCCAUCAAUGGCGGAACACAGCGAUACUGCACGGCACUCUUCAUGCUUGGCACGGCUUCUGGCUAUAUGGCCAUAAGCCUGGCCUCUCUUCUCAUCGUGUUGCGUAUCACCGCUGUCUGGGGAAAGCGGACCACUGUUGUGAUAUGUUCCUACAUUUUGUGGCUCUCGAGCUUGGCGCUGAAUGUACACAAUGUGGCCCUGCUUCGAGCGUCAUACAACACAGCCUCUCGGGCAUGUCUACCAUACCAUACCGAUACUUUCUUGCCCAACGCCAUUGGUAUCCUGGUGUCAGACACUAUGCUACUCGCUCUGAUGCUGGCUGGCAUACUGCGUGUGCGGCGAGAUGCGAUGAAGCGUGGCAUCUCUGACAUCCUCUACCGGCAGGCGAUUGUAUGGUUAAUCGUAGCUAUACUCGCGGAAGUACCUGUUGUCAUCUUUGCAAUCUUGGAUCUGAAUGACCCACUUAUCGUCAUGUUUCAACCUAUUGAAUUGGUGUCCUUAGUAAUAUGCGCGGGACAUAUGUAUAGGGCCUUACUGGACUAUGUUUACGAGCCUAGCACUAGCAUUCCCUUGAUAAAACUAGCCUCCACACAGCCUCAUAUCUAG